AUGUCGCAGGCCUCAUCAUCAACUGUGUGUAGUAGGCGCCAAAGCGCAGCUAGAGAUGUUGUAGAACCCAGGCCCCUUGCUAUUGUUGCUGCAGGCAGUUUGCCGAUUGGCAUCGAUCUGGAGGCGCCGAUCGAUGAAGUGACUAGAUUGCCGUUGAUAGUGUGCCCAACUUGCAAGGAUGUGAGAGUGUUUGCUACUAAUACCAAGAAUGGGAGUAAUGUUGGAAAGAGAUUUUUCAAGUGUCUUAGGAAGAACUAUAAUAAUGGGACAUGUGAUUGGUUUUGGUUCGAGGAAGAAUAUGUGGUGUACCUUCACGAUAAUGGACAUCUACCAUCAGCAUCCUCCACCAUUGCAGCAGGUUCGACAACUGAGGUUCCUGAGCUUGUGAAAAAAAUUGACAGCUUGGAGCAAAAUCUGAACAAGGUGCAAGAAAUGGUUAGCAAGAACAGAGAAGGCAUGGGAAGCUUCAUUUGUCUCGUGUGUGGAUGUGUGAAUGUAGCAAUAGUCCUGCUGGUUGCCAUCUUCUUAGUUGUAGCUUUUGUGCUAAAGUACUAG